AGACAGCCUAUAAGAGUGGUUCUUUAGGUAAUUUGAUCGGAACAAUGGAGGGGCAUUCCGGUUGGGGGACACUGGUAGAUGGAUGGAGGAAAGGUCCAUGGACGGCCCAAGAAGAUGAGAUCCUCAUUGAGCAUGUCAACCAACAUGGUGAAGGAAGAUGGAACUCCAUCUCCAAGCUAACAGGGCUUAGACGGAGUGGCAAGAGCUGCAGGCUAAGGUGGGUGAACUACCUAAGGCCUGACCUUAAAAGAGGGAAGAUUACUCCCCAUGAGGAGAAUAUCAUUCUUGAGCUUCAUGCUUUGUGGGGAAACAGGUGGUCCACAAUUGCUCGGAGCCUCCCUGGGAGGACCGACAACGAGAUCAAGAACUACUGGAGGACCCAUUUCAAGAAGAGCAAGCCUUCGAAGAAUAUCGAGAGGGCGAGAGCUCGGUUUUUGAGGCAGCAACAGGAGCAACACAAGCUGAAAGAAGAGCAGCGCCAAGAAGAGCAGCAACAAGCUGAUAUGAGAGGGAUGAUGAUGACCCAAGUAGAGGAAGCAGCACUUGCACCACAGGAGAUGCAGGAGAUGGCCUAUAUGUACCCCUUAACCUCUAUGCUUCAAUGGGGUGGUGGCAGCUGCUCUGUGAGCGAUGGCUCCAGCGAGGAAGAGGUGUGGGGGAGCCUGUGGAACCUUGAUGACAUACAUGAUGAUCUAGAUGGGGCAUGUCGUGGCGGUUUAACACUGCAAGAUCAAGUACUUACUUUCUACUGAGACGAAUAUAUACAUAUAUAUAUGUAAUUAAUAUUAGCUCUCAUGAAGAGAGAGAGA